AUGGCACCACCCGUUCCAGUCUAUAAUCUAGAAGAAAUCCGGCAUCAAUACAAGGACCAAUUCGAAAAUCCACAACAGUACAAAUGUCAUUUGAAAUCUCUCACACAGCAUGAAUGUACAUUUCGACCUAGUUCUGCUGGAAAUCCAAUUCCUGAGUUUAUUUGUUUACCUUUCAAAAGGCUAUUUCAGCGAUGUCUAAUUCCAACUAUAAGAACGGGAACCAAUGGAGAAAAAAUUAGAGGAGAAAAAUGGGUCAAUAUUGAGGUAACAGAUACUGAAACAAAUAGUGAUUUGUUAGAGAAAGACUCGAAAUAUGCAAAUUACGUUAAAGACUUUUUGAGCGCAGAGAAGGAAUUGAAGGAAAUGUUGGAGCAGGAGGCCGAAGGACGAAUAUAG